UCUACGCCGUGCGUUUGUGUGUUCGUACAGCGUGGCGUGCCAUGGAAGCGUCGCCGCGGAGCAUGGCUGUGGCAGCGCGGCGGCCGAUUUGAGUGGCCGCUCGUCGCGCGUGCCUUUUGUGCUCGGAUGGUGGCGUCCGUGCGAUGGCCGCGUCCGACGACGACAGCAGCACCAACCUAAGCCUCCGGCUGCGCGCGGGUUCCAGCGGCUCGCGAGACUCGUACUACAUGGACCUGGACCGAGGCAUCGACUCCGACAUCGAGAUGGAGCCCCUCUCGGAGAAGACGGCCAUCGAGCUGGUGCGGAUCGGCGCACCGCCGCACCUGCCGCCGGCCGUCGUGCUGCCCGAGAUAACCGUGGACCCUGGCUCCACGGCCACUUCUGAGCAGCUCGAGUCUGACUCGUCGGCCGACUGCGCCAGCGAACCGUACCUCGAAGGCGACUACCCCGGCAAGAAUGCCAAAGACUGGGACGGCCUGGACCGGUCGUCGCCGACGCCGCCGCCGGAGAGUCCCGACGCCUCGUCGGCGUGCCCGGAGACGAGCCCGCUGAUGGAGGCCUCCUCCAAGCCGGUCACCAUCCAACGGAGCGCCUCCUUCAACUUCCCUUCCACCAGCCAGCGGAACAGCGCCAAUGUGGCCGCGGGCAACGCCGAGGUGUGCCCUCCUCCUCCGGGCAAGUCCAGCGACGACUCCGGCCUGGGCACGGGCAACAGCCCGCGGAACAAGAAGCCCGCGCUGACCAUCGACAUUCAGCGGAUCCCGCCGUCGCGCGCCAGCUCGUACGGCGGCUCGCUCUGCAGCCUGCCCACCAGUAGCAACGGGAGGAUGUACAGCGCGCGCCGGACGCACGGAGACUUGGACUCCCUGGUAAUUAUGCUGAGUGCCCUCUACGCCAAGCUGCUCGUGAUCAUGGGAAUCUGCUUCCCACUGGCUGAAGUGAUCUCAAAGAAAAUACCCGUCUCGUUCUACGAGGGCUUCUACCUGUACCUGUACUUCGGCAGCAUCGCCUUCCUGCUGUACGUGUACGUGUUCCUGUUGCGCCACGACAAGGUCAACUCCAAGUUGGACCACCUGACCGACAGCUUCGGCGACAAGGUUCGCCGCCUUCUGGGCUUGCGCACGUCCCGCGGCACCAACAUGGAGAUCCCGCCCACGCCCAAGAAGCGCGUGCACGAUGCCACCACGCACGCCGGCAGCUUCUACCUCAGGCUGGGUGCAGUCGCUUUUGGAACCGGGAGCAUGAUCUAUUCGGGGCUCGAGUUCGGCCAGUUCUUCGAGAUGGAGUCCGAUUCCAAGUGCUACAACAUCCUCUUCAGCCUGACGCCCGCCACGCGGAUGGCAUUCACGUUCUUUCAGCUCUACUUCAUCUUCAUCAACUCGAGGGUUGCAAUUAACAAGUUCACAACGUUCGCGAGGUUCGGCCUGAUGCACAUGAUCUCCGCCAACAUCUGCGUGUGGCUCCACGUCCUGAUUCAAGAGACAAAGCACCAGCUCCUGGAGUUCAUCCAGAGGAACGAGACCAACCUCUUGGCCAUGGCUAUCAAUCCGAUACCCAGCAUCGCGUCCGAAGAGGAGGAGGAGCACUUGAACCCGGUGCACUACGAGACGCACUCGAAAGACCACCACCGCAUCGAGAGGUCGACCGGCGAGCACGGACUGCACCACGAGACGCACAACUGCCGCCGAGCCAACAUCAUGGGCGAGCUGGUGCAGAACGCGAGUCCGUUCCUCUUUCCCUGCACCAUCGAGUACAGCCUCAUCAGCGCCGGCAUCCUGUACAUCAUGUGGAAGAACGUGGGCUCCACGCAGCCCGUGCCCAACACUCCGGAGAGCUCGGUGCACACUCCGCGCCAGCGGCACUACUACCAGGUGGACUGCGCCAAGGCCAACAAGGGCCUCUUCACGGGAAUCCUGGUGCUCGUGCUGUCCAUCAUCAGCCUGAUCCUGUUCUUCGUGCUGAUCAAUAAGCCGCAGUACCGCAACCUGGCCGUCAUGGAGGCCCACAUCGCCGAGCUGGCCGUCUACUUCCUCGCCUCGCUGGCGACCACCACGGCGCUCUUCCAAGUGCGCGAGCUGCGCUACAACCGGCUGCGCAACACCGACCUGGACAGCAUCCUCCUCAUCGUGGCCCAGAGCGGGCUCUACUUGUACACCAUGUUCAGCAUCAUAGGCAGCCACUUCACCCUCGACCAGAACACCAUGCUGGCGCUGCUGACGGCGCUCGCGUGCCUCAUCCAGGGUUCCCUGCAGACCAUCUUCAUCCUGGACGCGUCGCGCCGCUACGUCAGCAGCAGUGACCAGGCCAAUCGCAAGCCCGGGCGCGAGAUGGUCACCUUCCUCAUAGUGUGCAACUUCUCCAUGUGGGCCAUCAACACGCUGGAGACUCGGCGCGCCGACUCGAACCCCGUCCAGAUGACCUUCUAUGGUUUCUGGGCCUGGACCAUCAUCACGCACGUGACGGCGCCGCUGACCAUCUUCUUCAGGUUCCACAGCACGGUGUGCCUGUGCGACAUAUGGAAGAGGGCGUACAAGGUCAAGUCCGACUACCUCUGAGGCAGUCCCUAGCCGAACUGUGCGAAGACGCUCGCUUGCCCCAACUCCCUUUUCGUGGCGAGUUCCCACCGUGUUCUGACCAAUUCUUGAGUUGCUUUUUCGCCGCACGUGAGCGCGAUUUAUGAAUGGUCGCAUUUCUGGACGAAGUGUUGGCGCACAAAUGUGUGAACAUGGUGUCGUGAUGAACGCGCGGACAUCGUGCGUGCUUUUUAUCAUUUUUGUUACCCCCAUCGCAUGUCAUACUGUUGCACCGGGACAACCUUCGAAGUCGCAAAUCCGCUGGUGCUUCUUUUAUUCCUACAUUGCAUCGCCGUGUGCGGAAACGGGACCAAAAAUGAAAUUUGGUAAUUGACAGACCAUUUUCGCGCAGCUAUCUUGAUGGUGCUGCGGGUUACGUUAAGAAGGCGAGAUAAUCGCGACAGAUAUAUACGGCGAUGCUGAUACUGAACGACACGGCGGAUACUCUACGUCUACUCCGCUUGACCUAUUGGGGCUGACACGGCCUCUGAUUGGUUCGACCUGCCAAAAACGGCGGAGUUCAAAUUUGCCAAAGCGCUAUUUUUUUUUUCGAAUUUUACGUACUGCACCCGUAUAGCUACACCGUGGUAUGUAUAGUGCUCGCGCAGUUUACCAUGCAUGGCUGUUUGGCCUCGCAGUUAGCACUGGUCAGAGGUUGGUGAAACGUAGCCGCGGAUUUUUAUCGAACCGUGAUCACGUGUGAUGAAUCGUUGUGGCCUCGCUUAUGUGCCUGCAGUGUUGAAAUGUUCAGGGCGGGAAAGCUACGUACCCGUUUGACAAGAUUUGACAUAGCAAGAAAGAUAAUGCGGCUUGCUACAUUUCUACAUGCAUAUACAUGUAUACUAUCUAUUUGCAUAUACAGGGCUCAAUGCAUUUAGAGCAAGCUAGUGUUCAAGACCUCUUGGCCUAUGUAAGCAAGGCCGCCGCCAAAACCUCGCCAUCAUUGUCCGGAAGCUGAGCUUCGGGCGAUGAAGAGCACGCAGAGUAUAAAAGUGUCCUAGCGUGUAUUACCUCGUAUCUUCGCAGCUAUUGAGUAGUCGCGCCCUGUCAUCUCUUGAUAGCUUUGAUACCAUGUGCCAAACGUGGGUGACCGCUAUGCAGUUCCGCACGGAAGAUGUUGCUGCCGUAUUGUAUGCCGUUAUUAGUGUUUUUUAUUUGAUACAUGUUCUUAAUGUUCUUGUGUGGAGUUCUGUGCCAGACUCGACAAGGGCUGUUAAACGCAGUUCCUGCUUUGUACCGCCUCAGCUCAGCUUAACGGGACACUAAAGGUAAGUGCUAAGGUGUAGCUGGCGAUUAACAUUUUUAGAAGGUGCAAAUACGUACGCCCGUCCUACCGAUGGACAGAUUUCUCUGUGUUGCAUCAGUGACGUAAAAAUUGCAGACAUGUGUCGCCACCAUAUAGUUGGCAUUCUUGAACCAGCUGUCAGGUGCACCUUCAAAGAAGUCAUCCAAUUACAUCACAUGUGCAAGAAAAUGAAGCACAUGAAAUGACAUAUCUGUUGCCGACUUUUUUCUUGCCAAGGAAACACGAGUUCCUGGGAGACGGGUGACGUCACAAUACCGGGCCGGCAUCGCGGUCUUGGUGCAACUUCAAAUGUCAAUUCAAUUGGCCUUCUCUUUCUUUACCGAUGAGCAAUCUUUUUUUCUGCCGCUAUGAUGCAGGGAGAGUUUUGACAGUGUAAUCCGUACUAUAGAGCCAGGCUCAUCUCUCACAUUUUGGUGUCCCUUCUAGUGCGAGGUUGUGCUCUGUCAUUUUGAUACUCAAGUACGGCGCUUGUUCUAAUCUUGUCUGUCGUUGUUCCUUGUUGUAUACUCCCACAUCGUGUAAUCGUGGAAAUACGUGAAGUUUGUGUCAACAUUGCUUUGUGUACGAACUUUGUUAUCGAAAAUGCGCGCACACUUACUGAUUUCGUGAAGUACAAACUCUGCGUAGAUGACGGAGACGCCAUCAGAUGUGGAAAGAGUUCCCUACGACGCUUCUAUUUUUCUGGUAGCCCCACUUGUUUUACUAUAGGUUGCGUCUGAUGACUUUUGUACCUUGGCACUUCGUUUGCUUCGAGUACCUUGAAAGAGAUUGAUCACUGAAAUCAGCUCUGCCAAAACCGUCAAGGUGGCGGCAUGAUCGUGAAGCAACAAUUGCCUACAAUUUAUUGAUGCCAACUUUCAUUUUAAUAAAUUCAUCUCACUGUGCAAAAAAA